GGGACUUUUAAGUGUUUGGUCAACUAAACUACAUACUGACACCCGGACCGGACAGGAGAACGACUGAGGAGAUGGGCAGAUGGGACCAAGAGGGACACCGGGCCCGCUGCUGACAUGGACCGACACGACCUCUCCAUCUGGCUGUUUAACCUAGUCUGAACCUCCUGAAGACUCACUGCUACAGGACAGAUGACUGAGAUCCAGCAGAAGUUGGAGGGGGUUCUUUCAUAGAGUUGGAUCCUACUAAAGGACUAAGGGCACUAUGGAUUUAUACAAAUGUUUAAGUUUACUUUUCUUCAGUCUCUGUCCACAAGUUUUUUCACAGGUUGGACCACGUGCUCACGCCGAGGAGAGGCUGCUCCAUGAUCUAUUUGUAAAUUACAGUAAGCUCUCCCGGCCUGUGGAGAACACUACAGACACAGUGCUAGUUCACUUUGGACUGUCCAUUGCCCAGCUUAUUGAUGUGGAUGAGAAAAACCAGAUGAUGACAACAAACGUCUGGGUCAAGCAAGAAUGGAAUGAUUACAAACUCCGCUGGAACCCGGAGGAAUACGAAAAUGUCACCUCCAUCCGUAUUCCCUCAGAGAUCAUCUGGAGGCCCGACAUCGUCCUCUACAACAACGCUGAUGGCGACUUCGCUGUAACUCACCUGACGAAGGCGCACCUGUUCUAUGACGGCCGUAUAAAGUGGAUGCCGCCAGCCAUUUACAAGUCUUCAUGCAGCAUAGAUGUCACCUUUUUCCCUUUUGACCAGCAGAGCUGCAAGAUGAAGUUUGGCUCGUGGACCUAUGAUCGUGCGAAGAUCGAUCUGAUCAGCAUGGCCGGCGAUGUGGACCAGAUGGACUACUGGGAGAGCGGAGAGUGGGUCAUUGUCAAUGCAGUGGGCAAGUACAACACCAAAAAGUAUGAGUGCUGCACUGAGAUCUACGCAGACAUCACUUACUACUUCAUCAUUCGGAGGCUGCCGUUGUUCUACACCAUUAACCUAAUCAUCCCCUGUCUGCUGAUCUCCUGUUUGACUGUGCUCGUGUUCUAUUUGCCCUCGCAAUGUGGAGAGAAGAUCACCUUGUGUAUCUCGGUGUUACUGUCCCUUACAGUCUUCCUCCUGCUGAUCACAGAGAUAAUACCGUCCACAUCGCUGGUGAUUCCACUGAUCGGUGAAUACCUGCUCUUCACCAUGGUCUUUGUCACGCUCUCCAUCAUAAUUACGGUCUUUGUGUUAAACGUGCACCAUCGAUCACCACAAACCCAUGGCAUGCCUCAGUGGGUGCGGAGAGUAUUCUUGGAUAUGGUUCCUAGAGUCCUCUUCAUGAAGCGCCCGCCGGGCACAGCCAAGGAUAACUGCAAGAAGCUCAUUGAGAUGAUGCACCGUCCUACCACCAUAUCUGCAACAGGAAACUCCCAGGCCUUUUGGUCAGGGCUGGAGACAGGGUUGAGACAGAUGGGCCAGGUAGAGAACACCCACCCAAAGACUCCAUCUGACAGUCCAAGUAUCCUUGUCUGCUCACCUUCUCCACCCUCUUCCCCGCUUGAUGACUGCAGUGAGGAAGAGCACUCUCUAAAGGCCAGCAUCUUUUGCCAGUCCCCGUCCGGCCAGUACUCAGUUCUCUCAGAGAAACAAUCCUUACGUGGACACAACUCUGUUGCCUCAUCUUCUUCCCAACUAUCCUUACCCCCAACUUUGCCGCUGGGGCCACUUCGCAGCCUAUCCAGGGAAGAACUCAAUACACUUGCCCCGAAUGGCCGCUCCAUCAGUAUUGAGCAAAUGUUUGACCAACAGAAGGAGCUUCCUCAACCAGAUGGACAUCGAUGUCGUUCCCACAGCUUCCAGUACUGCUGUCUGCAUGAUGAAGGGACCACAGGGCUGCUGAAGAAACAAGCCUCACCAGAUCACAUAGCAGAAACCCUCACAGCAGCGUCUACUAAAGACGCAAGUACCCAACAGACCACCGUAGUUCAAACUAUUUCCCCAGCUAUGCAACGAGCCAUAGAGGGAGUUCAGUACAUUGCUGAUCAUCUCAGGGCAGAGGAUGCAGAUUUUUCGGUAAAGGAAGACUGGAAGUAUGUGGCCAUGGUCAUUGACAGGAUAUUCCUCUGGAUGUUUGUACUGGUGUGUAUACUGGGAUCUGUUGGACUCUUUCUUCCUCCUUGGCUGGCUGGAAUGAUCUAGAACCUCCACGAACACUUCCGGGAAAACACGCUGUCUCAUAUUGUAAAAUAAGAACGGUUUAUCAUUUAUCUUUUUAUUUCCUAUUUUUCAAAGGAGCUACAAGUCACACUCCUUGCUCUCGCCCCAGGUUAUCAAAAGGUUAUGGACGGAGAACCGAGAUUAAAUAUCUAUCACUGAUUCCACUGGGUAUAUGAAUUCUUUAUGAGGGCAAAAGGCCAACAGCAAAAAUAUCCUUCUGCACCACUCCAUUUUGACAUUGAGCUGUAUGGCUCAAGCUGUCACCCUCAUAAAAAGCAGAGAAAAAGAGACCCAUUUACAACUGCAGAAAACAGCACAGAAGGACCAUGAGAUAUUUAUAAGACUGUAGAAGGUUUGGUUUGAAUCUCAAUUUUAACAUUCCUGAUGAAAAUGUCGAUGUUUCUUUGACAACAGCACAGUUGCCAGUGCAGUGAACUCACCGAAUAUUCAUAAAAUAUUCAUGUUUCUGUGCAACAUGAUUUGUCAAUAUUCAGUGCUGGGAAGGAGUUGAGUGUGUUCAGGUGUUUUUGUCAGGCCACUGCUUUGGCCAGCACACAUAUAUCUGUUAUUUUCUAAUCCUAGCCA